AUGCUUCGCAACUCGCGACAACUUCUGCGCCUUGCUCCGCGUUCGGCGGCAGCUCCCACGACAGUCCCCGCGACGUCGUUCUCGACGAGAGCUUCACCUGGUGCCCUGCAGGGCUCCAGGAAGCCCUCGUUAGCCCUCCAGGCUACUCGCCUAACUCCCUUGUCUCUCCAAGCACGAUACACAAACUCUCCCUACGAUAAGAUCGACAAGAAAGCCGAGAAGGAGAUCGCCAAGAAGAAGCUCGAGGCGCGCCCGGAAGAGGUUUCCACCGAGUCAUCUACGAGACGCUUCUGGGAGCCUGCGCCAGCGAACCCCGAGAAUGACGAGAACCUCACGGGAGGUUUGAAGAAGGAAGUGAACAUUGUCAAGGACACGUUCAACCUCAGCGAGGUUCCCAGGGAACCCUACGCGCUCGGCCUUGCCGGGACUCUUCCCUACCUUGCGACAUCACUGAGCACAGUCUACCUCAGCUGGGAUCUCAACGUCGAAUGGCCCUCAACGUCGGCCUUUGCAAACCACAUUUACAUGAACCAUGAGUCGGCACAGUACUGGCUGAACCUGCUCGAGCCCAUCCAACUCGGAUACGGCGCGAUCAUCAUCUCAUUCCUCGGAGCCGUCCACUGGGGAAUGGAGUAUACCGAGAAGACACCGCACCCCCGCCGGACGCCUUUUCGCUACGGGAUGGGAGUGCUCGCGCCCAUGGUGGCCUGGCCCUCGCUUCUCAUGCCCAUUGAAUACGCCCUCACCUCGCAGUUCGCUGCCUUCACCUUCCUGUACCUCGCAGACACUCGCGCCAAGAACAAGGGCUGGACUCCCCAGUGGUACGGAGUGUACCGCUUCGUCCUGACGGCGAUUGUCGGCGCCUCUAUCUUUGUCAGCCUGGUCGGCCGUAGCAAGAUUGGCAACGCACAGCCCCACAUCGGUGAAGGCCUGGCCGAGAGCAUGCACAAGGGCAAGAGCGACGAGUCCCAGGACUGGGAGAAGCUCGAGGAGGAAGAGAAGAAGCGUGUGAGGAAGGAGAAGGAGGAAGAAGAGAAGAAGAAGAAGGCCGAGGAGAAAAAGCGCAAGGAGGAGGAGAAGAAGAGCGCCAAGAAGGGCGAGUCCAAGGGCAAGGACAAGAAGGAAGAGAAGGGUGCUGACAAGAAAGAGGACAAGAAAGACAAAGAGACGGAGGGAGAUGAGGAGGAGAAGGACGAGUCCAAGUCGGAUUCCGAGUCCGAGUCCAAGGACGACGGCAAGGAGAAGAAGGAGUAG